UCUCUUUAGUUGUCAAAAUUUCGCGUCAAGCGUUAACGCGUGCCACGGAUUUUAUGCGAAAAAAUAGAUUUAUUUUGCGUUUAUGACAAUACGAAGUGAGCUUAAUUAGUAGUGUUUAAUGAUAUUAGUGAAAUAACAAUGGUUCGGAGCGGGCGUGAUCGCGAUAGAGACCGCGAUCGUAGGCGGUCCCACAGUCGAUCGGCGACACCUGAUCGUAAAAGAAGGAGAUCCAGGUCCAGGUCUAGAGACAGGGCAUCAAAGUCGACGAAGAGGAAGCGUAGUCGCAGCAGGGAGAGGGAAUCGAAGAGAGAACGCAGCAGAGAUCGAAGCAGGGAACGAGAUCGAGAUAGGGAACGUGAGAGAGAUAGGGAUCGAGACAGGGAUAGGGAUAGAAAGAGUGAUAAGAGAGAUGACAAGAGGAAUGGCUCUGGUAAGUCAUCCAGGAAGAAAAGUCCAGACAAGGAGAAAGAAAGAUCUAAGUCUAAAGAGAAGACUAUCAAGUCUGAUUCAGAAUAUGAUCCGGGAACUGUUGAUAAGGAAGAAGAACAAAGUCGUUUGGAAGCAGAAAUGCAGAAGCGUAGAGAUCGCAUCGAGCGUUGGCGCGCGGAACGUAAGCGCAAAGAGCUGGAGUCUGCUAAGAAGGAAGUGCAGAAAGGCAGUAUUGUUAACAAUAUACAGGUGCCAGCCAGCAAGAAGUGGUCCCUUGAAGAUGACUCGGGCGAUGAAGGCGAAGAGGGUGGAGGUGGUGGUAGUGCUAAUAGUGAACCCAAAGAGAAGCCCGUAGUAGAAGAGAAGAAGGUGGAACAAGAAGAAGAUGAAAUAGAUCCACUUGACGCUUACAUGCAAGAAGUACAACAGGAAGUACGUAAAGUGAACCAGAUGGACCAAGCUAGAGGUAUCAUCAAUGUGCCCACAACAACCGGUGGCACUGUUGUAGUGCUCACUGGAACAGCCAAGAAAAAAGUCACUGAACAGAAGAACAAAGGUGAACUGAUAGAACAGAAUCAGGAUGGUCUAGAAUAUUCGUCAGAAGAAGAGACGGAAGACAUUAAGGACGCUGCUGCGAACCUCGCUUCGAAGCAAAGGAAGGAUUUAGCUAAAGUAGACCAUGCUAGCUUGGACUAUAUGCCUUAUAGGAAGGCUUUUUAUACUGAGGUUAGUGAAUUAGCGAGAAUGACGCCUGAAGAAGUAGAAGCCUACAGGACGGAGCUAGAAGGCAUAAGAGUGAAAGGGAAAGGUUGUCCUAAGCCCAUCAAGUCCUGGGCCCACUGUGGUAUUAGUAAGAAAGAGAUGGACAUACUAAGGAAGCUCAACUUUGAAAAGCCAACGCCUAUUCAAGCUCAGGCUAUCCCUGCUAUUAUGUCGGGAAGGGACCUAAUCGGCAUAGCAAAAACGGGUUCAGGCAAGACCCUAGCAUUUAUUCUGCCAAUGUUCCGUCACGUUUUGGAUCAACCGCCUCUAGAAGACACGGACGGACCCAUAGCACUCAUUAUGACACCCACUAGGGAACUUUGCAUGCAGAUCGGCAAAGAUAUCAAGAAGUUCGCCAAAUCUCUGGGAUUGAGGGUCGUCUGUGUUUACGGUGGCACUGGGAUUUCUGAACAGAUUGCGGAAUUGAAACGUGGUGCAGAAAUGAUAGUUUGCACGCCGGGUCGUAUGAUAGACAUGUUGGCUGCCAACUCGGGCCGUGUCACCAACUUAAGAAGAGUUACCUACAUAGUGUUGGACGAGGCUGACAGAAUGUUCGAUAUGGGCUUUGAGCCACAGGUUAUGAAGAUAAUAGACAACGUGCGUCCAGACAGACAGACUGUGAUGUUCAGUGCUACUUUCCCGCGACAAAUGGAAGCACUCGCCAGGAGGAUAUUGCAGAAACCUAUUGAAGUUCAGGUCGGCGGCCGCAGCGUGGUCUGCAAAGACGUGGAGCAGCACGUGGCCAUUCUCGAAGAAGACGCCAAGUUCUUCAAGCUGUUAGAACUCCUUGGUCUAUACAGCCAGCUGGGCAGCAUCAUAGUCUUCGUGGACAAGCAAGAGAAUGCUGACAGCCUCCUUAAAGACCUCAUGAAGGCGUCGUAUUCGUGCAUGAGCUUGCAUGGAGGGAUUGAUCAAUUCGACAGGGACUCGACAAUCGUGGACUUCAAGUCGGGCAAGGUGAAACUGUUGGUGGCUACCAGCGUGGCUGCCAGGGGACUGGAUGUGAAGCAACUCGUGCUCGUCGUUAAUUACGAUUGCCCCAAUCAUUAUGAGGAUUAUGUUCAUAGAUGCGGUCGCACAGGCCGAGCCGGCAACAAGGGUUACGCGUGGACGUUCCUGACGCCGGAGCAGGGGCGCUACGCGGGCGACGUGCUGCGCGCCUUCGAGCUCGCGGGCGCCGCGCCGCCGCCGGAGCUGCGGGCGCUGUGGGACCGCUACAAGGACGCGCAGGAGAAGGACGGCAAGAAGGUGCAUACCGGCGGAGGAUUUAGCGGGAAAGGUUUCAAGUUUGACGAAUCGGAAGCCCAAGCGGCGACUGAGAAGAAGAAAUACCAGAAGGCGGCUCUCGGUCUUCAAGACUCUGAUGAUGAAGACGUUGAGGGCGACCUAGACCAACAGAUUGAGGUCAUGCUUGCCGCCAAGAAGAUUGUUAAAGAGAUCAAGCCGGGUAUAGCGGCCGGCAUGCCAGCCGGGGCGGGCGCGGCCGGUGCUGGGGCUGACGGCAAGCUGGAGCUGGCUCGGCGCCUGGCGUCCCGCAUCAACAUCGCCAAGGGUUUGGGCGCCGAGCACAAGGGCGCCACGCAGCAGGCCGCCGAAGCUAUACUCAAGGGAGCACCUUCUGCGCAUACGCUUAUUACGGCUAAAACGGUAGCAGAACAGCUAGCAGCCAAGCUGAACACGCGCCUCAACUACCAGCCGCGCGACGAGAGCGCGUCGGAGCCGGCGGAGGAGGUGUUCCGCAAGUACGAGACCGAGCUCGAGAUCAACGACUUCCCGCAGCAGGCUCGUUGGCGAGUCACUAGCAAGGAGGCGUUAGCUUUGAUCAGCGAAUAUUCUGAAGCUGGCAUCACCGUUCGUGGUACGUACGUCCCACCUGGCAAGACGCCUCCCGAAGGCGAGCGCAAGCUAUACCUAGCUAUAGAAAGUUCUCAAGAACUCGCCGUAGCCAAAGCGAAGUCGGAAAUAACUCGCCUCAUCAAGGAAGAGCUCCUCAAACUACAGACGUCAGCUCAUCAUAUGAUUAACAAGGCUAGGUACAAAGUGUUAUAAAUGAACGGAAUAUAACUGGCGUAAUUAUGUUAA